CUGACUUGUUUUCUGAAACAAAUAAACUUUUACUGAGCGCCAAAACUUACGUAAUAUAUUCACCACACUUCAUUAAAAAAGUGUUCAAUGCAAUGUGCUAAACAUUGUAUUACAAAAGUGCUAUCACUUACAACACGCUAUACUAAAAAUUGUUACUGCUUAAUAACACACAGCACUAAAAAAUGUCAAGGACUCCUGAGUAUUCACAGGCGAAAAUUUAACCAAUGCAUUACUGAUCGAUUACUAUUAGUACAUUGAAUCACUUCUACCAUUAGUAACAUUUACAACAUUCUCUAGUGAGUACUGGCAACUUGCAUGCUUUUGAAAAGCAAUAAAAUGUAGAACUUCAUCAAUCAAACUUUUUAUAAGUUAAUUAUUCAAUGUAUAUUUUGGAUGUUUCUCACUUCCUUGAACAUGUAAUCUCAACCCUCCUAAGUGCAUAGCCCCGCCUCAAAUCAUUUUUUUUUUGCACAAGCCAAGUUGGUUUAAUCGGGGUUUAACUGUUGAACAAAACAGAUUUUUGGCAGCUGUGAUUCUAUUUUACUCAAAGGAAACAUCUUCUGCAAAGCCCCAUCCAUCCAGCUAAUUGACCAUCACACCCAUCACUGUGGAGGGAAGCCUUCUACAGAGAGCAGCUCAACAGCUUAAGGCAACACCCGACACACCUAAGGAGAUGAGUAAAGAUCCAUCUGAGUAUAACAUCAAGACAGAAAGAAAGAAAGGAGAUGAGAUUGUGCAGUCUGCCACAAUGAAGAAACGUAAAAAGCAAACAGAUUCUUUCAUAGACACAGAAGUGGAGAAGGAACCUGAAGCUAGUUCACCAAAGAAGAAGAGCCGAAGAAAGAAGAUUACUGACAUUCUAAUGACUUCUGCACCAAAACCUGCUGCCCCUGCUGAUUUGCAGAAUAUAAUUGCCCAACACUUCAAAAGUGAACGGUCUGUCAUAGAACUCGAGCAACUGAAACUGCCAGAUUCCUGUUUUCUUCAGAGCAAUGACCUCACGCAUACCCUGUCCUCUUACCUGAAGCAAGUUUGUCCCAAAUGGGUGAAGUUGUGUAAGAACCACACCAAGAACAAGUCUGUGCUGAUGUUGAUAAUAUGCAGCUCCGCCCUCCGAGCCUUGGAAAUGAUCAGACUGAUUACAGCUUUUAAAGGUGACUGUAAGACUCUAAAAUUAUUUGCAAAGCAUAUAAAGGUAGAAGAGCAGAUAAAAUGGCUUGCCAAGGGGGUCAUACAUCUUGGUGUCGGAACACCAGCACGCAUUAGAAACCUGAUAGACCAAGAUGGACUCAGCCUGCAGUCACUGAAAUAUAUAAUUCUUGAUUGGAAUUGGCAUGAUCAGAAGUUUAGAAGAUUAAUGGAUAUUCCAGAGGUGAAACAGGAAACACUGAAACUGCUGGAAACAAGUCUCAUACCGGCCUGUAAAAGUGGAUCUGUGAAACUGGGCCUCUUCUAAUACCAAUUAUUUCCUGCCAAAGAUUAACCUUGUUUGUUUGCUUCCACCUAUUUAGGAGCAGACAGUAUGGCAUUUAAUUAUUUUAAAUUGCAUGCUUAAUCCUGAAUUUAAUAAAAUAGAUAACAUUCUUAA